AACGCCUCCUCAAUCUUAUCGAAAGACGACAUUAAAAGAAAAAAAACAGACGAGAUAAUGGAGAGAUCUACGCUCAAACGAACAUCGAGUUUUCCAGAUAUUGAGGCUGUUCAGGGGUGUUCGACUUUGAAUUUGCUGCCAAAAGCCGGAUCUAGAUCUACGCUCAAACGAACAUCGAGUAUUCCUGAUUUUGAGCCUGUUAAGUCUCUGCGUUCGACUUUGAUUCUGCAGCCAAAAGCCGGAUCUCCAUUGCUGAUGCUGAUUGCAGAAGAGUAUGGUUGUCGUAUUUACAACCCAGAAGAUGGUAGGGUUUACGAGCCGAAGAGUGACUUUUCAGGGUAUCGAUUCCUGGGAAGCUCAGGUAAGUGGUUUCUGGUGGUAGAUUCUCGAAUGAAACUCUAUAUUAUAGAUGUAUUUAGCGAGAAGAGGAUCGAUCUUCCACCACUAGAAUCAUUUAAGGGUAGCCAUUUUAAGAUUUGGCGUGAAGGAGAGGAGAAUGUCAAGCAUAUGGUAAUGGAUGAUGAGGAUCCAUUUUGUGAUGAAUUUCCUCAUGCUGCCGAAGAUCUGAGAGGUCGUUUGUGGGUUGACGACAAGAAUGGAAACUACGUUGUUGUGUGGCAGUUUGAAAUGUACCCAUUUCUAGGGUUUUGCAGGACAGGGGAUGAUCAUUACCGCGAGAUUCCAACAGAGCUCGAGGUUCAGAGGGAGUUACGAGGUUUAAACGAUAUGGUACUGAAAGGUUACAAUCUUUACGUCUAUGCCACCCGUGAGUUCAUUCGACACUUAGAUUUGUCUGGACAAGAUGAAGAUGGUUUCAAGGAUGUAUCCGAGAAACAUAGGCUUCCAAUGUGGAUGCCAAGUAUGACAAUGAAGGAACGUGAACGUAUGAAGCAAAAGAGGUCUAUCCCAUCUAACAAAGGCAUUGCUGUUACAAGAGCAGGUCAAGUUUUGGUUGUCUUUACGUACGAUUUAGGUACCUCUGAAAGUCACAGGAUGUUCCAUCUGUACAAGAGGGAUCCUAAAGAUCUUGACCCGAAAACCCUCGACACCCGGCUUCUUGAGGUACAUUCUCUAGGUGAUGAGGCCCUCUUCUAUGAUUUGGGUAUUACCGUGCCUGCUGACCAUACCCUUGGAAUUGAGCCUAACUCCAUUUAUUUCACUCGUGAUGAUCGUAUCUGUCACAAUAAAUUGUCAUGCCUCGACAUCGGUGUCUUCAAUCUUGCAACAAAGACCGUCAAACGCUUCCACGGUCUCUCCAACUUCAACUUCAACGAUGCUCAGUGGUUUCUUCCUUCUUGAUUCUAGCCUUCUCCAUGGUUUCUCCCUCGGCCUUGCUCUGUUGUCGUAUAAAUAAAUUUCAAAAUAGAAAAUGUUCAUAGUUCACUUACGUUGAUGAUCAUAACAUAAAUUUAGUGUCCGACAGCUAAGUGUCUAUUAAGGCAUUAAUUGAUGUUAGAGUAUUGUGGAUUACAAGUUUACAACGAUCAUGUUGUUGGGAUGUCAGUUUAGUUUUGGUAAACCGACUUAUUUGUUAUUGCUAGUUUAGCUUUGUUAAUUAACGUUCUGACUUUGAUUAUGCUUUAGUGCAUAUGUAAAGGUAUCCUAUCGUAUAUAAAAUCAAUCCAUGGAAAUAGUGGCUGCAUGCAUACCCAAAUCACAUGUGUGUGCAAAUAUUAAUUGUGCUGGUUAGAAGAUAUUAAUUACAAGAUUAAGCAUUUUACUUCACUUACUUCGUUUUUUUUAUUUUGUAUGUAGAGUUUGUGAAAGUCCAUAGACAACACAAUAUCAAAGAGUUCACGACACAUGUGUGCCUCCACACUUCCACUUACUCUUUUUUCACAACUCGUUCUUGUCAUAUAUUUUGUUGUUGGUUGUUUUCAUUUGAGUAACCUAAUGUAUGUUUAUUCGUUAUAUGUUAAACAAUCACAGUAUUAGCUAGCUGGUAAAGUUAAAGCGACAUAUUAGAGUAAUAAAGAUCUCAUAAUGUGUAUA